UCCAAAUUUUUGAGAAUCGAGGCUGCAUCCAAACGAGGUGCAGUAAUUACAACUGGCUUCCUCAAUCAAUUUCUCAAAUUUCAGUUGGAUAGAAAGUUUCCUUUGCACGCAUUGAAGCUCAGUUACUCUCAACACUUUUGAACAAUAAUUAUGGCUUCUAACUUGAAAUUAUGUGACCUGGAUCCUGAGCUCAAUGAUAAACUCAAGAAGUUUCGCAAAAACAAAGAAAAAAGCAAUGCAGCUAUAAUUGCUUUGAUUGAUACAGAGGCUCGGCAAAUUAAGGAAGACACUUCUAUUGCGGAAGAAUUACAGGACUUUGAAAGUCCUACGAUUGAAGAAGUUGCAGAACUAUUGCCUGUUCACCAACCAAGAUUCGUUAUCUACAGAAAUGUUUUUAACCAUGACGACGGACGCGUCUCAUACCCUAUGUGCUUCAUAUUCAUUUCCCCAAGCGGUUGUAAGCCAGAGAUGCAGAUGAUGUACGCAGGAUCAAAACUUCAUUUUAUCAAAGAAACUAAUAUGACAAAGGUUUUUGAAGUUCGAAGUAUAGAGGAACUCACCAACGAUUGGCUGAAGAACAAGCUGUCAUUCUUCUAAUAAAAUGUAUGCUAUUUGGUAUUGUACUUUCAGGGGUUUUCUAAUCAACAUAGUUCUUACUCAAUUACUUCAUAAUUCUUAAUAUUUAUUGUUAUGAUUAAUGGAAUUUUACUGUUCAAGGGCUUUAAAUUGUUCAAGGACUGUUCAAGGAUUUUACUGUUUUAUGUAGUCAAAAGAUUGCUAAGUUUUCUACUAAAUAGAACAAAAUAAAACUGUUAUCAUAGAUUUAAAUUACGAUAUCAUAAUUUUCUAUAUAAAAAAUAUUAGUUUGUUUA